CCAUAUCAAAGAGUGAUGGUACAAAAAUGAAAUUAUUGUGGAGAUAAGAGGGCAAAAGCAACACAAAACCAAACAAAAGGCAACAGAGUCCUCUCCUGUUUGUAAUUUAACGAACACACCAACACCAAGCAGGUGGCUCGACCGUUUUCUCUCUGGUUGUGGGACGCUUCUAUCGCUUUCUCGCUGUCGGAGACCGGAAUUUAAAGAGAGAGUGCCGUGUCUCCGUUUCAACUUUCGAAUAAUAACCUCUUAAAAUUAGUAUAACUCUCUCUGAAAAUUCUGUCUUUGGACACUCACUUACUCCGGCCAACCUUAGCCUACACCUAUCUCUCUUCUUGUCAGACGCCAUUCCUUAUUAAAAGUCUUUUGCUCUAGUGGGUUUUUGUUUUCUUGAAUAUACUCCUAUAGGAAAGAGAGAAUCUCGGUAUACCCAGAUGGCGUGGACAGAGAAUGAUGCUGGUAAUGUGAGAGAGAAGGAACCGAUUGGGGAUAAUGGUUUCUUGAAGGGAUCACGGCCUUCACCUGGCCCUAGUGGCUCUCGUGUUGGUUCGUCUCCAGCACAGAAGGGGUUUGAAGGGAAGGACGCACUCUCUUAUGCCAACAUUCUUCGAUCGAGAAAUAAAUUUGCUGAUGCUCUUGCUCUUUACGAGAGUGCCCUGGAGAAUGAUAGUAGAAAUGCUGAGGCUUACAUCGGAAAAGGAAUAUGCUUGCAGAUGCAGAACAUGGAAAGGCUUGCUUUUGAUAGUUUUGCUGAAGCUAUUAAGCUGGACCCAGAGAACGCGUGUGCCCUGACACAUUGUGGUAUACUGUACAAGGAUGAGGGUCGUCUGUUAGAGGCUGCUGAAUCGUAUCACAAGGCUUUGAAAGCUGAUCCUUCAUACAAGCCAGCUUCGGAGUGCCUAGCCAUUGUUUUAACAGAUCUUGGAACCAGCUUAAAGCUCUCUGGUAAUACACAAGAGGGAAUUCAGAAGUAUUAUGAUGCUCUUAAAGUAGAUCCGCACUAUGCGCCUGCAUAUUAUAACCUUGGUGUUGUAUAUUCUGAAAUGAUGCAAUAUGACACUGCCCUUAGUUGCUAUGAGAAGGCUGCAAUGGAGAGGCCCAUGUAUGCUGAAGCAUAUUGCAACAUGGGUGUCAUCUAUAAAAACAGAGGUGACUUAGAAUCAGCCAUUGCCUGUUAUGAGAGGUGUCUAGCUGUGUCACCCAACUUUGAGAUUGCAAAGAAUAAUAUGGCAAUAGCAUUGACAGAUUUAGGAACAAAAGUUAAACUUGAGGGAGAUAUCAAUCAAGGUGUGGCAUAUUACAAGAAGGCUUUGUAUUAUAACUGGCACUAUGCUGAUGCCAUGUAUAAUCUUGGUGUUGCUUAUGGUGAAAUGCUGAAGUUUGAGAUGGCAAUUGUGUUCUAUGAACUUGCUUUCAACUUCAAUCCUCAUUGUGCUGAGGCAUGCAACAACUUAGGUGUAAUAUACAAAGACCGAGACAACCUUGAUAAAGCUGUGGAGUGUUAUCAGUUAGCUUUAUCAAUCAAACCAAACUUCUCUCAGUCAUUGAACAACCUUGGUGUUGUUUACACUGUCCAGGGUAAAAUGGAUGCUGCUGCAAGCAUGAUUGAGAAAGCUAUCAUGGCAAAUCCGACAUAUGCUGAAGCAUAUAAUAACUUAGGAGUUCUUUACAGAGAUGUUGGCAAUAUAACUAUGGCAAUCAGUGCUUACGAGCAAUGCCUGGAGAUAGAUCCUGAUUCUCGCAAUGCAGGCCAGAAUCGGUUGCUUGCAAUGAACUACAUAAACGAGGGACAUGAUGAUAAGCUUUUUCAGGCUCACAGGGAAUGGGGUAGGCGCUUUAUGAGGUUGUAUCCGCAGUACACUUCGUGGGACAACCCAAAAGUUCCAGAGAGACCACUUGUGAUUGGAUAUGUAUCUCCAGAUUAUUUUACUCAUUCUGUAUCUUAUUUCAUUGAGGCCCCUCUUGUCUAUCAUGACUAUGCAAAUUAUAUGGUGGUUGUCUAUUCAGCAGUUGUGAAGUCUGAUGCAAAAACGAAUAGGUUUAGGGAGAAAGUUUUAAAAAAGGGUGGGAUGUGGAGGGAUAUAUACGGGAUUGAUGAGAAGAAGGUUGCAAGCAUGGUUAGAGAAGAUAAAGUUGACAUUUUGGUUGAACUCACUGGACAUACAGCUAACAAUAAGUUGGGAAUGAUGGCAUGCCGACCAGCACCUGUUCAGGUGACUUGGAUUGGUUACCCGAACACAACUGGCUUGCCUGCCAUUGAUUACAGAAUUACUGAUUCAUUCACUGACCCUCCUCAGACUAAACAAAAGCAUGUUGAGGAGUUGGUUCGUUUACCAGAAUGCUUCCUUUGUUACAUACCUUCUCCAGAGGCUGGGCCUGUUACUCCAACUCCUGCUCUUUCUAAUGGCUUUAUCACAUUUGGUAGCUUUAAUAAUCUGGCAAAGAUAACACCUAAGGUGUUGCAAGUUUGGGCUAGGAUACUUUGUGCAGUUCCGAACUCCCGCCUUGUGGUGAAAUGCAAGCCAUUUGGCUGUGAUAGUGUUAGACAGAGAUUCCUUGCAGUGUUGGAGCAGCUGGGGUUGGAACCACUGCGUGUCGAUCUCCUGCCUCUAAUUCUUCUUAAUCAUGAUCACAUGCAAGCAUAUUCUCUAAUGGACAUAAGCUUGGACACUUUUCCAUAUGCUGGUACAACAACAACAUGUGAAUCUUUGUACAUGGGAGUUCCUUGCAUUACUAUGGCUGGUGCUGUACAUGCUCACAAUGUUGGCGUGAGUCUUCUCAGCAAAGUUGGGUUAGGACAUUUGGUUGCCAAAAAUGAAGAGGAAUACGUUCAAUUGGCACUACAACUGGCCUCAGACAUUUCGGCUCUCUCAAACUUGAGGACGAGUCUCCGGGAACUUAUGUCUAAGUCUCCAGUCUGUGAUGGACCAAAUUUUACUCUUGGUUUAGAGACAGCAUACCGGAACAUGUGGCACAGAUACUGUAAGGGUGAUGUGCCAUCUUUAAGGCGCAUAGAACUGCUACAGCAGGGGAUUCCUGAGGAUGUACUUAUCAAGAAUUCUGAUUCAACGAGGAUUACAUCGGCAAGAGAUGGCCCUCCUGAGUCCGUUAAAGCGAAUGGAUUCAGUGCAGUCUCACCACCCACAGUCAAUCAUUCUUGUGGAGAAAACAGGAGUCAGAUAAAUAAUACUAUAAACUCAGGCAAGCUGAGCUAAAAAAAAGUUGGUGUUCUGGUGAGACAGCUGUCGAGACUGCUUGGUGUGUGCUUGAUGGAUAAAAACUCCAUGUAUAAUAUCUGUAACUGUUAUCUGCUGCUGGAUUUGAAACUAGUAUUGAUUGCCAUGGCGAUCCCAUGUUACUUUGAUCUGGAUCAAAUCUUUUGGGGGAAAGAACUGGCGAUAUCUGGCAGUUCUUUAAAGUUGGACCAGAAAGAAAUACAGUUAAUUUGGAAGAGGUGAUUAUGAGGCACCUGUAUCACAUUUUUUUUUACCUGAAUCAUAGAAAUUAAUGGUGGCGUGUAAAUUGUAAUCUUAAUUUGUUUAACCCUUUUUUUUUUUAUGAUUAUGAAAUGGUCUGGGGCAGAUCACCAUAGAAGAGGGAGUUAUGAUUUAGUUCUAGCCGUUGUGUAUGAUUGUCAGUCUGAUCUCUAACAGUGAAGAAGAUGAAAUAGAGCAAAAUAUUGAUACUGUGAUUUUACUGACC